AUGGCUGAAGAAAACUGCACAGUGAUUACGGAGUUUAUUCUUCUGGGACUCACAGAUCGUGCAGGUCUGAAGAUGAUACUGUUCGCUUUGUUUUUGCUUAUAUAUGCUGUCACCAUAGUGGGGAACCUUGGCAUGGUCAUCUUAAUCCAUAUCACCCCAAAGCUACACACACCCAUGUAUUUUUUCCUCAGCUGCCUUUCAUUUGUGGAUGCCUGUUACUCAUCAGUCAUUGCCCCGAAAAUGCUGAGUGGUUUCUUGGUGGUGAAAGAAACCAUUUCUUUCACUGCUUGCAUUGUGCAGCAUUUGUUUUUUGGGAUCUUUAUUACCACAGAAGGCUUCUUGUUGUCUGUGAUGGCUUAUGACCGAUAUGUGGCAAUUGUCAACCCUUUGCUGUACACUGUGGCUAUGUCUAACAAAAAGUGUGCAGUGCUUGUCAUUGGGUCAUGCAUUGGUGGAACAGUUAACUCAUUGACACAUACUAUUAGCUUGGGCAAGCUAUCCUUUUGUGGGCCUAAAGUGGUGGGCCACUUCUUCUGUGAUGUCCCACCACUGCUGAGGCUCUCUUGUUCUGAUACCUCCAUGAAUGAAUUUUUGCUCUUACUGUUCUCUGGAGUGAUUGCCAUGAGCACUUUCUUGAUUGUGAUCGUAUCUUACAUAUUCAUUGCUGUGGCUAUUUUGAAAAUCCACUCAAGUUCUGGUCGUCAGAAAGCUUUCUCUACCUGUGCCUCUCACCUGACUGCCGUGACCAUAUUCUAUGGCACCUUAAGUUUUAAUUACAUCCAGCCAAGCUCCCAGUAUUCCUCAGAACAAGAGAAAGUUGUCUCUGUGUUCUACACACUUGUGAUUCCCAUGUUAAACCCAGUGAUUUACAGUCUCAGGAACAAAGAAGUAAAAGAAGCUGUGAAAAGAGCCCUAGAAAUGAAAUAUUUCACAUGUUAA